GUUUGACAGACAGCAUGGCUGACCUCAGGUCUGUAUAAAGCCUGCAGCGCAGCGGCAGCCUCCACUGUCUGGAAACGCAGCGUCAGUUUGCAUCUGAACUACGGUCAACGAUGACUGACCUUGAGACCUCAAUAGCCACCAUCAUCGCCGUUUUCCAGAAAUACUCAGAGAGAGAAGGAGACAAGCACAAACUGAAGAAGAGCGAGUUGAAGGACCUUCUUCACGACGAGCUGCCAGACCUGAUGGCGCACGUCAAAGACCAGUCAACGUUGGACGGCCUGAUGGAGAGUCUGGACGCGGACGGUGACUCCGAGUGUAACUUCCAGGAGUUCAUGACAUUCGUCUCCGUGGUUACCGUCUGUUGCCACGAGUUCUUCGAGCACGAGGAAGAGUGAGGAGGGCGAGACGAAGAGGAGCGACAGCGAAAUAUAGAGAAAUAGAAACCUAGCAACACACAAACUGAGAGGCGUCGCACGGAGGAAACACAUUUAGCUUCCAGCACAAGUAGCAACUAAUAAAAUGGAGAAGUUAAAACUUUACAACAAUAACAGUAAUUUUAUCUUUAGUAGUUUUAGUCAUUGUUUAGUUUGAAAGCAACUACACCACAUUCAGAAGAAAAAAGUAAAAAUAUUUUGGAAAUGUUUCCAAAUUUGACCAAUAUUUGUCAUAUAAAACUUGAGUUUUUUUCCCCUGGUUUUCAGCUUAUAAAAGCUACUUUGAUAACUUUGCUUCUUUUCAGCUGUUGGAAGAGAUUAAUUAAAUAUAGAUUCAUAAUUUAGCUAGCUGUUACUUUGGAAAUGCCAGGAUGUUAGCAUACAGCUAUUAAGGUUUAAUGAAAGUAUUUGAAAUUUCAGUUUGACUUUCCUCAUUUGUGCUAUUCUUCUGAAAAAUGUAGUAAAGACAGAUUAUUUUUUUCCAGCUGUGUUUUGUUCCCAUGAAAAUUAAUGUAAAAGAGACGAUUUUAUUAUUUAAGUGGCUUGGAAAGUUGGUGUAAUUGAAUAGUUUAUGGUUUUACUCUUAAAUUCAAAUAUACUGGAAACUGAAUGAAUCAAUUCAGCUCAAUGUUAUGAAGUUGGACCAAAGGCAGAUUAUUAAAAUAUCUUAAUGAUAUUCUAUGGAGAGUUGUUUCAUUCAAAAUCAAUAAAUAAAUGUUACAUGUCA